AUGACAUCUGGAGUUGGCCACAAGGUGGCCCGGCUGCUGGGAAUCCAGCUACAACCGAAAGACCCAUAUCACCAUGUCAAUGACCCAAGAGAAACAGCCCAUUUCAACACAGACCAGACAUUUGUGGAGGAGUCACCGAGGGUGGAUGACUUUUUUUUGAAAUUAGUACCCUCUGGCCCGCAAGUAUGGCGAUAUCUGGUGUCUCUGUUUCCGUUUCUCUCCUGGAUCGGAUACUACAACCUUCAAUGGCUCGCUGGAGAUCUGGUUGCUGGUAAGGAACUCAAUGCCGGCUUAUUGAACCCUGUUACUAACCAGAGAACAGGCAUCACCAUCGGCGCUGUUGUCGUACCUCAAGGUAUGGCUUAUGCCAGACUGGCCAACCUGGAUGUUCAGUUUGGUCUGUAUUCGAGCUUUAUGGGUGUUCUUGUUUACUGGUUCUUCGCAACCUCCAAGGACAUCACCAUCGGUGUAAGUGCAUCCAAAGCUCGUCUUGGCCAUGUCAUUGCAUCUGCUCUUGCACUCUUGGCCGGUGCCGUUGUGGUGUCCAUCGGGCUCAUCCGCUGCGGAUGGAUUGUCGAUAUCAUCUCGCUUACCUCUCUCUCGGCAUUCAUGACCGGCUCAGCCAUCUGCAUUGCUGUCGGGCAAGUUCCAUCGCUGAUGGGCCUCAGCGGCUUUUCAACUCGCGAUCCGACGUAUCUUGUGUUCGUCAACAUACUCAAACACCUGAACACAGCGAGUAUGGAUGCCGCCAUGGGGUUGUCAGCACUUGCUAUGCUUUACCUUAUCAGGGGAGUCUGCAUGUGGAUUGGGACACACUACCCGAAACAUCAGAAGCUCGCCUUCUUCAUUUCGACGUUGAGGGUGGUGUUCGUCAUUGUUCUCUACACUCUGAUCAGCUACCUGGUCAACAGGAGCUUGCCGAGGGGUACAGCCAGAUUCAAAAUUUUGUUUGACGUUCCUAGAGGUAUGUACCAGCCAAAAGUCUGGAAUAGAUUGGUGACUGAUGUAUUGCCAGGGUUUCAAAACGCGGCUGUCCCGGUCAUCAAUACCUCUAUUGUCAGCAACCUGAUGGGAUACUUGCCCGCUACUGUAGUGGUGCUGCUCAUCGAACACAUUGCUAUCUCGAAGUCGUUCGGUCGGGUCAACAACUACAGAAUCAACCCUUCUCAAGAAAUGGUAGCCAUUGGCAUCACCAACAUGAUGGGGCCCUUCCUCGGCGGGUACGCUGCAACGGGCUCUUUCAGUCGCACUGCCAUUAAGUCGAAGGCCGGCGUGAGGACUCCGUUUGCCGGCGUCAUCACAGCCUUUGUGGUUCUCCUCGCCAUCUACGCCUUGCCGGCCGUGUUUUAUUACAUUCCCAACGCGUCACUCUCUGCGGUGAUUAUCCAUGCCGUCGGCGACCUCAUCACCCCUCCCAAUACCGUCUAUCAGUUCUGGCUCGUAUCACCAUUUGAGGUCUUGAUCUUUUUUGUCGGUGUGUUUGUCACCAUCUUUUCGAGCAUUGAGAAUGGCAUCUACACCACGGUGCUGCUCUCGGCAGCGAUGCUUCUCUUUCGGAUUUUGAGAUCGAACGGCCGGUUCUUGGGGCGUGUCAAGGUUCAAUCCAUGCUUGGAAAUCGCGUUAUUGGCAACGACAGGCAGCAGCCGGUACCCGGGUAUGGCACGUUUACCGGCUCACAGGAGGCGCCGACACGCAACAUCUUCUUGCCUAUCACGCACGCGGAUGGGUCCAACCCCGAGAUUGAGCUGGACAAUCCGUAUCCUGGCAUCUUCAUCUACCGGUUCGCCGAGGGGUUCAGCUACCCGAACGCGGGGAACAGCCUGGAGCACUUGGUGGAACACAUUUUUGCGCACACUCGGCGGACGAAUCUGGCGCAUUUCGACCGGCCUGGCGAUCGGCCUUGGAACGAGCCCGGCCCGUCAAGGAAGGACAUGAAGGCGGCGGCUGCGGCCGGGGUGGACGCGGGGAUCAUGGUGGUGGACGUGAGCUUGCCGACGCUCAAGGCGGUGAUUCUGGAUUUCAGCUCGGUGAACCACGUCGACAUUACUUCGGUGCAGCAGCUGAUUGACGUGAGGAAUCAGCUGGACCGGUAUGCCAGCCCGGAUAUUGUCGACUGGCACAUUGCCUGCAUCAACAACCGGUGGGCGAAGAGGGCGCUGGCGGCGGCGGGGUUUGGGUACCCGACUGUUGUGCCGGACGGGCCGCACAGGAGGUGGAGGAGCAUCUUUUCUGUGGCGGAGAUUGGGGGGUCGCACAGCGCGGCUGCGGCGGCCGAGGUGGAGGUGAACGAGAAGGAGAUUGCGAGGAGCAGGAGGCAGACUGCUGCUGAUGUGGAGGUUGGGAAUAAGCAGCAGCAGCAGCAGCAGCAUCAUCACCGUGGGCCAAAUGAUCCUAAGAAGGUUGGGACGGGCGGGAGUGAGAGUGUUCCGAGAAAAUCGACGGUUACGUUUGAGGAUGCGGUUCUUUCUUUGCACCAGAAGAGGAUGUCGCUGGGGCCGGAGCUGCACAGUGGGCGGACGGUGGUGGCGCCGGUGCAUGGGAUCAAUCGGCCGCUGUUUCAUGUUGACCUGACGAGCGCGCUGCAGAGCGCGGUUGCCAAUGUUGAGGGGAGGUAUGAGGGGUUGGAGGAGCAUCAUUAG